ACAAAACGACUAGAUAUAUAAUAGGGAGAGUACGUAGAUAUGCCACCGAGUGUUCACGUAUAUUGCCAUAUAAUUAUAUUGGCAAAUUUUGGAGAGGACGAAAUUAGACGAGCAUGCAUCAUCAUGUCAUCAUGUGUGGAGUUUUGGGUGGUUUUUGUGGUGCCUCCAAUACUCACUCGUUCCCUAAGAGCAUAUAUCGUUGUUUUGAAAUUUUGCGCUGCACUACUGUCGGUCCGACUUCUAGCUAUCCAAAUAAUUUUUUCUGAAAAAUUUGAUUAUGAGAAAGAUGUGAGAAAUUAUAGAUUUACAUAUUAUAUAAAUUUUAACAACCUUGAAAUGUUCAUAUGGAUCUCCAGACUAAACUUGGGCCCUUGAUCUAGUGCCUUCUAUGCUUAUAGUUACGACUCAGUAGUAAUGGUCAGGUCUUUCUUAACAUUCUUAUUAUCUUUGAAAGCCCAAAUGAGGAUAUUAUCCAAACAAGAAUCUCCUAGUCGAUUUUCUUAAUAUACUAUCGUACGAGCAAAAUUUUUCCUAGCCAUGACUCAAUGACCUUUCCAAUUUAUUCAAAUAUUGGUGUUUUCUACAUUUGGUCUAUGUUAGUUGGGAAUCGUAUGUCCUCAUCUCUGGACCAUAUGUUCGACCAACUUCUGGUGCCCUAGUUUUAUUUAUUUGAAUGUAGGUCAGGCCUCAGCCUCAAGGUCAACACGAAAGAAUGAGCUAGUAAUUCUAAUAACUGAGUAGUAGAGUACUAGUAUUUAGUAUUAUUAUUAUCUCUUGGGAUGUAGUAGGUAGUUUAUGCUUAUGUAGAUACUUGUACUUGAUACGUGGGCUCAGGCCCAGCUGUCAAGGACCAAAAGCUCAUUGCCAUGUCUGAGACUGACGGUCUCGCUUCGCUCAUCAAUGACUCUAGUUGUGAUCCAUUUGUUCCACAGCGCACCUCCGGCUAUUCUUGAUGAUCAAAAGCAUCAUGUUGUUCUUCUAGCGUUCAUAUUCGUUCAUUUCUAAUCGUCUUGAUUCAUACACCUAACUCCGAUCCGCUUACAUUCUUGCUCAAUAAACAUGAAUAAGGUCGCAUAUUUGUUGCAUGGCAUAAUUCCACGGUGCAUAGGUAUGGGUUUAACAUGGGAAAUAUGGGUGGCCGACUAACUAAUUGUAGAACUUAUAUUGAUCUCAAAAUCUGUAAAUCUUUUCUAAUUACUUGUGUUAUUUGAGUUGCUCUCUGUGAUUCCGUACGUGGUGGUGAUUGUCCCUCGAACUAUAGUGUCGCGACGGGACAUAGGGCCUCGUGUGGACUGCAGCCAUACGUUGAGCCACUGGGUGCGCGCUGGUGCUUAAGUGCGUGUGUGUAUGAUUUGCAACGACUAUCUUUUCAUGCAACUCUUAAAAUGUUUUUCUCUACUCUGUCCAUUUUUAAGGGGUAGGCCCUAGACGAAUAACGAUGCAAAUGGGUAGUUUUAGGUUUGAGUUUCUGGGAUAGUAGUACACUAACUGGCAUGGCAUAAUGUGCAUUACACAUCAUGCAACUUCAUUAAUCAACAAUAUCGAGCGAGAAUGUUCUUGAGAAAAACUUGCCUUGAUGCCCUUUUUUUCAGUUUCCCUGAGUUCCUUAAAACUCACUUGGAUGUCUUUUCUAUCUAAGAUUCCUCACCAAAUUGAGAAUUCGAGUCUUCUCAAAAACCUCCUUGAUUCAUGAUCGUUGAGAAGCUUAGAACCUCUCUUCUUCGUAAAAUCCUACUGUGUGCUAGCAUCAAAAUAGUCAACCGGCACUUUUCAACCGACUUUGAUGGUGAUUGUAUCCACAUAUAUUAUCCACAGUCAUUCACUGCAAAAGCUGAAGCUCUGGGGCUUUUUAGUGUGGAAAAACAAUUGAUUAGUUCGAACAGUGGCACGAUUAAUCUCCAGUUGGAUAAUGACAGUAGAGUUGCUAUGAAACUUAUGUCUUCCAGAACCAUAUCGAGCAAGAAAUUAGCAAAUCAGCUGGCAAUAUUUAUACCAUUAAAAUCAGCUACAUUGAUUAGUCUAGAGACUAGCACCCACAUCGGCCGAUCCUUGUCUUUAGUUUAUCGAUUGUUCUCCAUUACUUGUUCCCCAUUUAAAUCUCGGGACGAGAUUUUUUUAAGGGGGUAUGAUUGUAACACCCCAGGUGUUAAUCACCUGCUUAAUAUGAUCAUUAGCACUAACCGUUCAUGUAUAAAGCUAUUAAACAAUUUUUUCUAGCAUUUUAAUACAUGUGAUGUGAAUUUUCUUUUAAAAUGUUUCCUAGUAAGAGUUAUGUAAUUCCACAGUUACGUAAUAUUAAAAAAUGAAUAAACAUGAAAAGUAGCAAAUUGAUGUUAAAAAUUUAUUUUAAAUACCAAAUUAACAUAUCUAUUAUCCUUGAACAAGUUCCAAAAAGAACCAAAUUCAAAUUUUUGUUUAGGCAUCUAAAUCAUGACAUGGUGAAGUCUUGGUUUAAUUCGAAGUAACUUGUUUGGAGUAGAUAUUUCCUUGCGGUCACUGUUCAUCGACCCCACCUGUCAUCCUCCUCACUAUCCCCCCGGAAACCUACUGGCCAGCUCGUCCCCUCCCUCGAAGCAUCGCCACGCUGCUGAUCGCUCUGCUGUGCUCAUCCCGGCGCCUCACUCCCUUCUUCGCGGCCUUAUCCUCUACUAAGACGCCAGCAGCAGCAUUUAUUUAUUUUUUCUCUCUCCCGUGCCAUGCACCCUGCUGCACUCUUCUCUGUUCCUCACUCCACCGCAGCAAGCAAACGGCAGCUCCCUCCAUUCUUUUCCCUCCUCUGCGUGAGCAAUCCAGCAAGCCAAGCGCACCCUUCCUUCUCUGAUAUUCUCUCUCUGUCGGUCACUCUCUCUUCUCUCUCUCACUCCCUGCACACUCACGUACACACACAACACAACAUUAACUCUCACACGUCUCACUCCCAGCACACAUGCACACAGUCUCCCACUCACAUGCACCCUGCUUUCUAUCUCGUCUGAUUUCCUUGUCCACCGCAAGCACCAGGGGAGCUCCCUCUCUCGAUCUCUUAUUUCUUUUACUCCACCAAGAUGUGCAACAGCAGCAGCCACCUUUCCUUCACCGAACAGUAGCUCAAGAAUAAUCAUUUCCUUAUUUGCUUGCUUCUCCAAUCGACGCCACCCGACUGUGCUAGCCGCCGCGCCACCAUGCCCCGUCGCCGGACGUCCUCGCCGCCGGCCAUGGUCCGGCCGUGACCUGUCUUACCGGUGGAGCCAGAAUAUGCACUUAUCGUUCACGAAGUUGCGGUUGAUCAAUCUGGAGUUCACCCAGGUGGAAUCGCCAUGGAUCAAGCUCGGCGUCAAGCAAACUAACUUAACUUGCAAUUAAGGCAUGCCCCGGUGCACAUCCUAUUAUUUGAAAUUAUGACAUCUAUAUAUGUAUUUAUUACUUAUGCAUUACGUUUCAGGAGUUGAUUAGAACCCUAGUUUCAUGAUCCCUAGAUUUCUUUGAAUUAUACUAGCAUGUAUAGAACGAUAGAAAUGCUAUGCUUAAUACUUCUCGAUAGAAGACGAGUGACUUUUUGCACUCGCGAGAUAUAGGAUACUUAGAAGUCGAGUAAUUUCCGGUUACUCGCGAGAUAUAGGUUAUAUACUUAUAUACAGUACCUGAGUUGUUGAAAUUGACAUGGAAAUAAGAGACUGGGCGGGGAAUGAUGAUGAUGUAUAGGUAUGGCAGCAGGAUAGGGUUCCUGGGUGUCUUAGCCCCGUCUGUGUCGAUUGAGGACCGUAUCGUUGUUGGCCCUGCUGAUCAUGUUUGAAUUGUACUAACUGCAUGCCGGGAGUAGGAGGUAGUCGAAACCGGUAAGCCGAGUACUGCCUUGUUUAGAAAGCACAGAACUUCUACCCACCUCUUAGGGCAGUCGAGUGGCCGCGGAGAAUUGGGAUGCAUAUGUUUACUUUUGGUGGUCUCUCGUAGGGCUCGGUUGACUAUAUGCAGGUGGGGCGGUUCUGUAGUUCGAGGCGGGGAGGGGAAUGGUUGGUUCGUAUUAUCCGACGGGGCAAAUAUGUGCCGUGUUGGUUAGGUUCACCUUGCAAGGUUAAAUCGGAUCGAUUCGCCGUCAGUCGCUCUCGGACAUGAGCACCUUGAUCUCCGAGUCACAUCGUAGUAAGAAUAUGGAAGGGAAUGAAAUGAUCAGUAUAGUGGUACCUAAUCAAUUGUUUUUCCACACUAGUUGGUAUAGAAAUGCAAACCGUAGAAAAUAGGUAACCAUUCCUAAUCUUGAGCUAAAAUAUUGAAAGUAAGGACUCACUCUUAUCUGCUUUUCCGCAAAAUAACCACAGCCAGAAAGCCGUGCAUGUCUAGCUAGUGGGCUAUGUAUACCCAUAGUCGGGUAAAUCUUGCUGAGUAUUAGUAUACUCAGGGUUUGUUGUUUACCCUGUUUCAGGUAUAGAAGUUAACCAGGAUUCGCAUUUGUGGGCUCGAUGUGACAUCCUCACGUGUUCAUAGUUAUCGCUUUGUUUUAUUGGUUCUCAAUCAAAUUUCUUUCUCUCAGGUCAUAUUCUCUUCCGCUGCUGUUAUUUAUUUUAUGUAAAUUCUAAAUUUAAAGUUGUUUUGUAAAUAUUUAUGUUAUUAUCUAUUUUCGUGAAAUUAUAUUAUGCUGGUACCGUCUGUGCUCGCCGUCGCGCGAGACUUCUGGUGUGUUUCGAUCGGCCUGAGGGUUGGAAACAGGCUGUCAAGUUACACCUAAUUAAGCUAAUGCGCAUGUUGCGUUCAAAUGAUGACCAUUAUGCUUAAUUAAGUCGUUUAAUUUGACGGUUCUGUCACACCAGCCACCAGCCAGUUAGCAGUAUUUUUCUCUCAUAACAAAUCAGCACCUUGUCUUGUUUAGGUGGACAUUAUUUGCUGAUGGGUGAGUGCCGUGUUCAACGGGAAGGAUGUCCAAUCUAUCUAAUACAGCCUUGUCGGCAUCGAUCCAUCCGUGCUCACUCAUCAUAUUGCAAGUCUUGCUGCUUGCCCCACAGUCUACUAGUACUAGAUUCUAUCUUUCCCCAUACAGGUGUCGAUAUUUGGUUUGUCCAAUUAUUGUGGCAACAAGUUUAUUGGCUACAGGAACUAAAGUUUGGUUCGCACAUCAAGCUGCAUAUCAAGCGAGUCAUGGAUUCUCUCGGUGUCAAUCCUUGGACGUGCUUGAUUUUCGUUAGCUAAAAACUGUACUUGGGUCGUUGUGUGUGUGGAGUACUGAAAAGUAACAAAAUUUAAGUGAUUUGAGAAUUAGACACUCCCCCUCCAAUGCUUAUCAGCUAUACUUAUGUCGUUUUUGUAACUUUAAGUACAUGCCAGUACAGAGAUCAACUGAACCCCGAUGUUUAUAGUCCCAUCACCAAUCACCAUAGAACCUAAGGUCCACAGACCACAGGCCACAGCCACUGAGCCACAUCUCCGAGUUCGUUCGAGUUCCAUCCAUGUCUUCAUCUCGCGUUUGCCUUAUUGGCUACCUCGCCAUGAUCGGCCUCCUCCACAAUUCCCUUCUUUAUUCUGUUACCGCCGACGUCGACUUACUCUACAACGGCUUCCAGCACGCCCCCGACCUGAUCCUAAACGGCUCGGCGUCGAUCUUGCGCGGCGGCGCGCUCCAGCUCACCAACGACAGCAACAACCUCAUGGGCCACGCCUUCUUCAAUUCGCCGGUGCAAGCUGUCAGCGACAACGCCGUCGUCUCCUUCAGCACGGCCUUCGUUUUUGACAUAGUGACCGUCGGCCAGGGCGGUGGCCACGGCCUGGCCUUCGUGGUUGCGGCUUCCAAGGUGCUGCCCGGUGCAACUGCCGAGCAGUACCUUGGCCUCCUCGGCAAGAACAAUCAGGGCAACUCCAGCAACCAUGUCUUCGCCGUGGAGUUCGACACGGUGCAGGCAAACGGGCUGCUGAACGAGACGAACGGCAACCACGUCGGCGUCGACCUGAACAGCCUUGUGUCUAACGUGUCGGAGCCGGCCGGGUUCUUCACCGACGACGGCAAGAACAUCUCCGUGACGCUCGAGAGCGCCCAGCGAAUUCAGGCGUGGGUCGACUACGACGGCAGCACCAAGGUUCUCAAUGUGACCAUAGCUCCGGUGUCCGUGGCAAGCCGGCCUCACCGGCCGCUCAUCUCGCGCGUCAUCGACCUCCUGCCGAUCUUUAAGCAAGACAUGUAUAUCGGAUUCUCGGCAGCGACCGGGAAGUUGGCGAGCUCGCAUUACAUCCUCGCAUGGAGCUUUCGUACCGGAGGAGCUGCGGCCCAAGCCAUCGAUCUCUCCCGGCUCCCGAAAGUUCCAAAGCCUCCAGCUCCCCCACCUUCCAUGUCCACCGUCAUCAGGAUCGUGGCUGUAUCCUCCGUGGUCACGCUCACCACGAUCCUCUUGGCGAUUGCUUUCACACUUUGGCUGCGGCGGAGGGCCGUCCUCGCCGAGAAGCUGGAGGAGUGGGAGCUGGACCACCCUCACAGGUUGCCGUACAAAGAGCUUUACAAGGCCACCAAGGGGUUCAAGAACAGCGGGCUCCUCGGCGCCGGUGGUUUCGGCCAGGUGUACAAAGGCGUGCUCCGGCGCUCCGGCGACGUCGUAGCCAUCAAGCGGAUCUCGAGCAACGGCACGCAGGGGAUGCGCGAAUUCGUCGCCGAGGUCGCGAGCCUCGGGCGCAUGCGGCACCGGAACCUGGUCGAUCUGCGCGGGUGGUGCAAGCGAGGGCAAGACCUGCUCCUGGUCUACGAGUUCAUGCCCAACGGCAGCCUGGACACGCACCUGUUCGGCGACCGCGCCGGUACCGGCGCCGGCAAGCACCGGGGAUCGUCACCGGCGGCGGCGCUGCUGACGUGGGAGCAGCGAGCCAUGAUCCUCAGGGGCGUCGCGUCCGGGCUGGUGUACCUGCACGAGGAGUGGGAGCAGGUGGUGGUGCACCGCGACGUCAAGGCCAGCAACGUGCUCCUCGGCGCCGACAUGGCCCCGCGGCUCGGCGACUUCGGCCUCGCGCGCCUCUACGAGCACGGCGCGGCACCCGCGACGACGCGCGUCGUCGGGACGCUGGGGUACAUGGCACCGGAGCUCACCGUGACCGCCAGGGCCACCAAGGAAACCGACGUGUUCGCGUUCGGCGCGCUGCUCCUCGAGGUCGCCUGCGGCCGUCGGCCGAUCGACCCCGUCACCGGCGUCAACCUACCGCGGUGGGUCCGGGACCACGGCGCCAGGGGCAACCUGGUGCGCGCCGUGGACGAGAGGCUCGACGGGCGCUACGACGAGGAGGAGGCGAGGCUGGUGCUGUGGCUGGGUCUCAUGUGCAGCCAGUCGCGGCCGGAAGCGAGGCCCAGCAUGCGGCAGGUCUGCCAGUAUCUGGACGGCGAGGCGGAGAUGCAGGAGGAGGCCGUGGUCGUCUUCUCGGACGCCGGCUCCUUCGACUUCGCGUCGUUGCCGACCCUGACGUGGUCGUCCUGCAAUACAAUGUCAGUGGGAUCACUCCUAGGCGGCCGGUGAUCAUGCUCGGUUAACGGUUAUCUGCUCCUCCUUCGCGAGCCUCUACCGUUUUGUUUCCCUGAUGCUUUUUGAACGAAAUUGGUGUUAUGUUAGUUAUGUGUACCACGCACCACGCGUGUACUUCCUGCCUGUAUAAUACUGGUUACAAGUUGCCAGCUAAAACUAAAAGUUCUACCAUACUUUGGGCUUCAAGUUUCA